AUGGAUGGUCCAGACCAGAUCGGGCCCGACCACAGGCCUCAGCGCUCCUUCAAGGACAACCUUCAUCGUGCCGUAAAGAAGUUCACUACUCGUGACGGCCUUCUCGGCGACUACGACUAUGCAUAUCUCUUCAUUCCCCGACUACCAUUCACCAAGGGUGCCCGCAAAUCCGCCCCCUUCUUCGGUCUCGAAGACAGCGUGCCCGUUGCCCUAGCACUGAUCCUGGGUCUGCAACACGCCCUUGCUAUGUUGGCCGGUGUCAUUUCACCUCCCAUUAUACUGUCGGGCUCAGCGGGGGCCAACUUCGGCGAUGAAAUUUCUCAGUAUCUGGUCUCCACUUCGUUGGUGGUUUGUGGUAUUCUGAGUGCCGUGCAAAUGUGUCGGUUCCAUGUUAAAGGUACAAAGUACUUCAUUGGAACUGGAUUGCUUUCCGUUGUUGGUACUUCCUUCUCCACUAUUACUGUUGCCGAGGGUGCGUUCAGUCAGAUGUACAAGUCAGGCUAUUGUCCUACUGCGGCCGAUGGGACCAAGUUGCCGUGUCCUGAUGGGUAUGGUGCUUUGCUCGGUACUUCUUGUCUCUGUGCGUUGCUGGAGAUCGGCCUGUCGUUCAUGAGCAGCAAGGUUCUGGCGCGCGUCUUCCCUCCGCUUGUUACUGGUCCUACUGUUCUGUUGAUCGGUGCCUCGCUCAUCAAGUCCGCCAUGCAGGACUGGGGUGGUGGUUCAUCUUGUUACCCGAGCGGCUCGACCAGACCGAUGUGUCCCAGUGCUGAUGCGCCUCACGCUCUGCCCUGGGGAAGUGCCGAGUUCAUUGGUCUGGGUUUCCUCGUCUUCGUGACUAUCAUUCUGUGCGAACGCUUCGGCCCUCCUAUCCUGAAGAGUUGCGCCGUCGUGGUCGGCUUGCUGGUCGGAUCUAUUGUCGCGGCUGCCUGUAACUACUUCGAGAGCUCCGGCAUUGACAUUGCUCCCGUGGCAUCCUUCGCUUGGGUCCAUACUUUCAAAUUGAGCAUUUACCCACCCCUGAUCCUCCCACUACUGGCUCUCUACGUGGUCAUUAUGAUGGAGUCCAUCGGUGAUAUCACUGCCACCUGCGAUGUUUCCCGCCUCCAAGUUGAGGGUGCUACCUUCGACUCCCGCGUCCAGGGUGGUGUUCUCGGGAACGGACUCACCUGCGUGAUCGCUGGUCUGAUGACCAUCAGCCCCAUGUCUGUCUUCGCACAGAACAACGGUGUCAUCGCUCUGACCAAGUGCGCCAACCGCACAGCCGGCUACUGCUGCUGCUUCUUCUUAAUCGUCAUGGGCAUCUUCUCCAAAUUCGCCGCUGCCCUGGUCUCUAUCCCCAGCGCCGUCCUCGGAGGCAUGACCAGUUUCUUGUUCAGCAGUGUCGCUGUCUCUGGUAUUCGAAUUAUCGCUACCAUCGACUUCAACCGCCGCAAUCGCUUCAUCAUUACCGCCAGCUUCGCCCUGGGAAUGGGUAUCACCCUCGUCCCCGAUUGGUGGUCCUAUGUCUUCACUUACAGUGGAGAUAAUCACUCUCUUGAGGGUCUGCUCAACGCCGUCGAUCUCGUCAUGGAGAAUGGUUUCGCCGUGACGGCCAUUACUGGCGUCGUCCUGAACCUGAUCAUCCCCGAGGAAGAUGAUGAUAUUACUCCUGUCUUCAAUGCCAGCGAGUCCGAUGAGUUGGAGCCCACCCCUGCCGCAGCUCCCGUCAAGGCUUAG